GAGAGAAGAGGAAACGACAGGGAAACGCAAAGAAGAGAAGAGACAAAAGGCAAGAGAUUAUUUAAUUAGAGGCGCGCGUACCCGUGGACGUGCAGAUCAGUGAAAACGAAAGCGCGAAUGGCCGAAAACGCGAACAGGGUGUACCCGGUUACGGUCCAUCUUGCGGGUGAGAUCGAUCCUGAAACAGCGGCACCGGGUAGUUGGUAAUGGGGGGUUUAGGCGAGAAUGCCUUUUCCCUGUCGCCGUCGUCGCCGUCGUCGUCGUCAUCGCCAUCGCCUUCGUUCCACACGAAUUCUACCUUCUCAACAGGUUCCUGUCGUGGUCGUCACACCCUCUUAUCUCUGUAUCAUUGCUCGGGAACGAGGACUACUCCUCCUUCAACGCUGGACACUGAGCAUCCCGUUUAUUUGGAUCGUAAUAGUAAUAGUAAUAUCACGGUCGGUUCGACGGUCGGCUACGUUUCUCAUCCGAAUCGUAACAUCGAUAGGAUCAGAAGCGAGCGUGACCGGAUCGGUGGUGGUGGUGAUCGCCGAUCGAGAAAGGUCGACGAUAUUCAGCUCGAAGCGGAAGCGGAUCGGGAAGGAGAGAGAAAGAGGAGCCGAGGAAGGAGGAGGUGGUGGUGGGGGUGGAGGAGGUGACUCGCCGCCGAAAUGCACCAGGUGUCGUAUAGAGCAGGACUCAAUUCGAACGCAGGUCGAAACGAGAGAUUCUGGGAGAAGAUCGAGUGUCAGGAUCGGCGUUGCCGUGCUCACCACGGCCGGCGUGCUACCGGUGAAGCCGCUCCUGCCGCGACGCCGUACGAUCCAUCGAUCGAUUCGAGCCGAUCAUGCCGAGAUCAACGAUCCCACUUGCCCCCCUCUCGCCUUCUAUUUAGAUACAGAGGACCCUUGGUACCUUCCAACGUCUUUCUCAUUGGGUUGGCGCUCUGUUGUCUAACGUUCUCGCCCGUGCAACCGCGACAGAAUCAUCAUCAAACCUGUCCAGGUUGUCCGCAUCAGCACCAACAACAGCAGCACCAGCAACAUCAACAGCAGCAUAGAGAACAUCAACAGGAGCAAGAUCAACAACAACAUGUACACGAGACGCACUACAGGGGCGGUGGUUCCGAAAGGAAGGACACCAGCGCGCCUACUCCGGAUGACUUAAGACUGGAGGCUAUCAAACACCAAAUACUAACUAAACUUGGCCUUAGGGCACGGCCGGACGUAAACCGAACAUUGGCCACCGUACCGAGGCAUCUCGCUCUGGAAACUCUCUACAGAGCCGAGGCUCAAUCCUCUCGUUAUCCAUCGUCCGAUAGAUCGAGGAACGAUCGUGAGAACGUGUACUCCGCAGAGUUCUUUUACGGUGCCGACGAAUACUCCUACAAGAAUCUCGAUCAACGUGUCGACAGCUCUGCGAAAGACAACGCGCGGAUCGCUUCUUCCUACCGAGGCUCCUAUGAGGACCACGAAGGUCAAGAACCUGAGGAGGAGAUGGAUGAUUUCUACGCGAGGACAUCCGAGAUCAUCACGUUUGCCGAACCUGGACGUACGCUGAACGGACAGCCGUUGCUGGAGUUUCCAAUGUCCAGUGGAGAACCAGCGCUGGAGCCGCUGAGAAUCAAAAGAGCAACCCUUUGGACGAGAGUCGAGUUCAGGCACGCCCAUCAUUAUCAACAUUAUCGCCAGAGUCAAACCAACCAGAAGAAUAUUACUCUGUGGGUAUUCAGAGUACGCUGCGGCAACACGACGCACUUGCGUGGAAAGGAGCUAGGCCAACACUUGGAAAUGGUCACGUCCCUUGGUGUAAACGUUGGACAACUCGGUUGGCUCAAGUUCGACGUCACCAAGGUUGUGAAUAGUUGGUACACGACGAAUCGCGAUGCCGCCAGGGAUAAACUGACGUUACUCGUCGACUGUACCGGAUGCGGCUCGCACGUCUACGUGUCAACGUUUGACGGACACUCCCCGCACGUGAUCGAGUCGUCUUUGAACGCCAAAGGUACUCAAGAUCCAGACAGACCUUUUCUAGUCGUCCGCACGGAUCCUGCGGCUGUGAAACGGGUUAGGAGACGAGCGAUCGAGUGCAGCGGUGCUAUAAAGGGUCAAUGCUGCAAGCAAAGAUUCUACGUGAACUUUUCUCAACUCGGUUGGGACGACUGGAUAAUUGCUCCCCAAGGGUACUACGCGAAUUACUGCAGGGGAGAUUGCGCGGCCGGGCACAGAACACCGGACACUUUCCUCAAUUACUACACCCACGUGAUCGAGGAGUAUCGGAAGAUGGAUCGACUGGCUGGUAUGCAGCCUUGCUGCGCUCCCCUCAAGUUCUCGCCAAUGUCGUUGAUCUACUACGGUCCUGACUCCAACAUCAUCAAGAGAGAUCUACCGAAGAUGGUAGUGGACGAAUGCGGCUGUCCUUAAACGUUGCGUCCUCCGCUCCGUAUUUGCUCCUUCUACGCUCCCAUUGCCGCUCCCUUCACGAUCCCUGUGUGUGUAUGUGUGUACGCUAGCUCGAAGCCGACUCGAAGGGGGUAGCGUGUCUAUUGAAAAACGGCCCUGAUCGAGAUUUCCAGCCGGUCACGUUUGUAUACACGCUCAUAUACCUCGAAUCUCGAUUCGAUACUGUCAAACUUGAUGAUGCUUCGCUCGACCACGAGUACGAAUAAGGUUGUUAACCGCGACAGGGCCGUUCGUUGGCUCACCUAUUACGGCUACCUCGACUUUCGAUUCGCUCUGUACAUACUCUUUGUCACGGAACAUAACGAAACGAUUCUUCGUCCGAGAACAAGCUGGACUUUGCGUUUCGACUUUGCUCGCCGAGCCACUCGCCGGUCUUCAUACUUUUUAAACAGAUUGGUACUCUCGUUGGACGGUGAAUCGAUCGUCGAAUCGACUGUCGGCACUCGACAUUCUUUGUUCGCGGGACGGGUUGUCAAGUCGUUCGGAGCAACGGGGAACGUUCGAGCAAAGAAGGAACGCGAGUUUUCAGCUGUUAACGUCAAUGUUUUUUCUAGCAAGACUUCUAGCUAAAUUACUUGCGCGUUUACUGAUAAGAGCCGCCCGAGGGCAAAUUGAAACGGACGUAAGUUGAGCGCGAGAGGACUAGAGAGAAAAUUAGAGCGCGUGAGACGAUGUGUGCGAGAGGGAGGAAAAAAUGAAAAUAAUACGCGAACAAGUAGAACUGGGAUAGAAAGGGUGGGUAAUAAAGAGCGCGAGGAGAAACGAAUAAAAAAAGAAAAGAAUGAUCGGCGACCACCUCGGCGAACAAGAGUUUACAUUCGUUUCGUUUCCAUGCCGUGUUAUUUAAGAUUGACUUCACGUGGUGUGCUCGUGGCGGAGAGCACCACGUUGCGAGGGGGUUGGAAAGGGAAUUCGGUGAGGCGUAGGGGCACGAAACAAUUUAAACGAACUUCUUACUAAGAGCUUAGUCUUUUCGUAUUAGCUGCGCGAUUAAGAUGCAAACGAAGGAAAGGAACUAAUGAAAGUAAAACAAAAAUGAAAGAAAAAGAAAAACAAAAAACAAAAAAGUGAUUCCAUAUUUACGGUUUAUGUAUUACAUAUGUAUAUUAUAUACACACACAGACACACGAGGUGAUUCAGCCGAGUAUAAAUAUUUAAAUACGAGCGUAAAGUUUAAGUGUAAAGAGAGAGAGAGAGUGAGAGAGAGAGAGAGAGAGAGAGAGAGAGAGAGAGAGAACUCAAUCUGAUUGCCUUGUUUUUUAUGCGAAACAUUCGAAAGUAUCGAACGAAACGACUUAAACUGAAAA